UUAGCGUCCUGCGACGUUCCGGAGAGCCUUAGGCCUCGCCGCUCGCUGGCCCCCGGGCCCGGGGCCUCAGCCCAAGAAGACCUUAGGGACCCGUCGCCGGAGCCGCGCCCUCGGGGCAUCCGCGGAACCCUCGCAGAUUCCGGUGUCGGCUUUUCCCCGGGGCCCAGCGGCGCCUUCGCGGGCCGGCGCGCUCCUCGAGGAGGAGAGUUUGCAGACGCUCCCUGACGGCGGGGACGCGGCUCCUUUAAGGACCCAGGAAACGACGCCUCCACGAUGUCGGGGAUCGCGCUCAGCCGACUCGCCCAGGAGAGGAAGGCCUGGAGAAAGGACCACCCCUUUGGCUUCGUGGCUGUCCCCACCAAGAACCCCGACGGCACCAUGAACCUCAUGAACUGGGAGUGCGCCAUUCCGGGCAAGAAAGGGACUCCGUGGGAAGGCGGCUUGUUCAAGCUUCGGAUGCUCUUCAAAGAUGAUUACCCGUCCUCCCCACCCAAGUGUAAAUUUGAGCCGCCGCUCUUCCACCCGAAUGUGUACCCCUCGGGCACAGUCUGCCUGUCCAUCCUGGAGGAGGACAAGGACUGGAGGCCGGCCAUCACGAUCAAGCAGAUCUUGUUAGGGAUUCAGGAGCUGCUGAAUGAACCAAAUAUCCAAGACCCCGCUCAAGCAGAGGCCUACACGAUCUACUGCCAGAACAGAGUGGAGUAUGAGAAACGAGUCCGAGCACAAGCCAAGAAGUUCGCGCCCUCCUAGGUGGCCUCACAGCAGCAAGGAAGGGAUUGGUUUGGCAGGAACUGGUUUACGACACUUUGCAAGCCCACGUCGCUCUGUACAAUUCCUGGGGGGCGCCACCCCAUCCGCCACGCGCCCUCUGACGCGCCGAACCCCGGUUCUUCACACAGGGUCUCUUCCUUCCGUCUUUUGUAGUUUGAUUGUUCUGUAAAACUCGCUUUUAUUUUAAUAUUGAUGUCAGUAUUUCCACUGCUGUAAGGUUUCCUACGGGGUGAGCGCAGACACAGGCAUGCUCCCCAGCAGGCCCGCGCGGCUCCGGGCUCCAAGACGCCCGCCCCCGCUCUUCUCCGCACACCCCGGUUUGUGUUGCUUUGAGCCUCAGAUCCAGUCGCCAGCGUCUCCCUUCCGCAUCACUUCCUGUGUUUAUAUGGCGUUUUGUCUGUGUUGCUGUUUAGAGUAAAUAAACUGUUUAUAUAAAGAUUUUUGUUGCAUUCUUGUGUACAAGUGAGGAGGCUAUGUGGCAUGGUGGUCUCCCUGCUGCCUGCGGCCGCCCCUGUGCAUAAAGUCGGCGCCUG